ACAAACAUCAAAAUGAUUGUGUGCAUUUAUAGCGCGAAAAGAGUAAAUAAUGUUAAAUAAUAAUUAAAUAAUGUGCUUUUGACCAUUUUUUAUAAGUAAAUUUAAUAUAUUAUGUAAUUUUUAAGAUAAUAUUUAGUAGGCAUAUCUGAAAUCGUCAGCAAUGGAGCAAGAAAAUAGAGUUGUUGUGCUCAUCGAUAUGGAUUGUUUUUAUUGUCAAGUUGAGGAGAAACUUGAUCCACAAUUGAAAGGGAAACCCAUUGCUGUGGUGCAGUAUAACCCUUGGAAGGGCGGAGGGAUUAUUGCAGUUAACUAUGUAGCCAGAGCAAUGGGCGUCACUCGACACAUGCGUGGGGACGAGGCCAAGGAGAAGUGCCCUGAGAUCGUACUGCCGUCUGUACCCUGCCUCAGAGGAAAAGCUGACAUUUCCAAGUACAGGGAUGCAGGCAAGGAAGUAGCUAGAGUGUUGCAGAAGUUCACUACUUUACUGGAAAGGGCAUCCAUUGACGAAGCUUACUUAGAUAUUACCGCUCCUGUACAAGAAAGGCUGAAGUCUCUCAACGUUAACACAGUAACCACAGAAAUUAUACCAAACACAUAUGCUCUAGGCUAUGACAGCGUGGAGGACUUUGUGUCAGAUGUACAUAGUUGUAGCAGCGACUCCAUAGAGUUUGACUAUGAGCACGCCAGACGGUUGUUAGUUGGAGCGGUCAUUGUUAGUGAGAUCAGAGCUGCAGUGUAUGAAGAAACUGGGUACAGGUGUUCAGCAGGCAUAGCCCACAACAAGAUCCUGGCCAAGCUGGUCUGCGGCAUGAACAAGCCCAACAAGCAGACCCUGCUGCCCAAACACUCCGUCAACAUUCUCUACAAGACACUAGCCCUUAAAAAGGUGAAACACUUGGGAGGCAAGUUCGGCGACACUGUAUGUGAAGUGCUGAAGAUUACCAAAAUGGGUGAACUGCAAAAAUUCUCGGAGAAGGAACUACAAGCGAGAUUCGAUGAGAAAAACGGGGCAUGGCUCUACAACAUAGCACGCGGCAUCGACCUAGAACCGGUCCAAGCUAGAUUCAACCCUAAAAGCAUUGGUUGCUGUAAACAACUCCGCGGUAAAAGCGCUUUAUACGACUUGGACGGCUUGAGGAAAUGGCUGAAAGACCUUGGAGACGAGAUCGAAGAUAGACUGGAGAAAGACUCGUUGGAAAACAACAGGACACCGAAACAGAUGGUGGUUAGUUUCACCACGCAAGCGCCAGAUGGAAGGGACACCAGUAGCUCAAGGUCUUAUAAUUUUAUAGCAGAUGAUGAAUUGUGUGGCGACAUGUUUGCUAAUAAGGCUCUGGAGUUGGUUUUGGAGAGCUUAGAGGGUGCUAAAGUUAUAGAUGGAGAAAGUAACAGAAAACUGAAAGCACCCAUAAAAUUUCUCGGCAUAAGUGUGGGUAAGUUCGAAGACCACUCGGAAAGUAAGAAGAUUAAGAAAAUCGUGGACUAUUUUGGUGCUGGCCCAUCAAAUGUAACCAAAAGUAAAGAUGACGCGAAACCAAAUGUGGUUAAAGAUUCGAAGAACAAAGAUAAAAUGAAUGAAGGUAAAGAAUUUAUAAUGCAAAAGUUCUUGCAAAGAGCAGAUAAAUGCAAAGUACAAGAUACCGGAACGAAGGAGGAACCUAUAAAGGGUUGUAUACAGCAAAAUGAAGAAAAUGACACAAAGAAAAAUGGUAAAAAGAAUGAAGGCAAAGAAUUUAUAAUGCAAAAGUUUUUACAAGGAACAGAUAAAUGUAAAAUACGAGAAAACGAAAUAAAGGUGGAAAAGCAAAAUGAUGAAUUUAAACCAGUUAUCCAAUCAACAUUGGAUAAACAAGAAUCAUUCUUCACUAAGUUUUUAAAUGCAGGUCCAAUGAAAGACCCUACUGUUUCACAUCUUUCGACGGCUAAUAACGAUACUAACACAAAUUCCUUACGACCCACAACUCCGCUUUGCAACGUAGUCAACUGCGGCGAAGACAGCAAUGACUCAGAAUACUCAGGAUCUACAAUAAAUAUGGAAAUAAACAAAAGCAUAGCAUUGUUUGACGAUGACCCUCAAGAUGUAGCACGUGUUAGUAACAUGAGAGACUUACUGAAUAAAUCCACAGCACGAGACGAUAGUAACGAAGAAUUACCCUUACCACCUGAAGCUAAUACAAUAGAGGCCGAACUAGUUAAACCUACUGUAAUUAAAGAGACAACACCAGAAAUUUUAGAGGAAGAAAUGUUCGAAUGCAAUGAAUGUAAGAAAAAAAUACCAGCGCAUAUGUUCGAGACUCAUGGAGACUACCAUUUCGCAUUAAAACUAAGAGAGGAAGAGAGACAGCGAGUUAGAAGCGAAUUCAAAGAGAAAACGAAGUCAACUAGGCUGGCAGUGUCCAAAACCGUAACAACCAAUGAGCAAGUAAAGAAAAAGAAAGUUACAGAUGAACAAAGUAAGAAUGAUGCAGCAUCUAUAUCAACUUUCUUCGUCAAAAUAGAUAACAGUACGCCUUCAGAAACAUGUUCCGAAUGUGGUAAAAGGGUGCCUUUAGAUAAGUUUACAGAGCAUUUAGACUUCCAUGAAGCACAAAAGUUAAGUAGAGAAUUGAACAAGAGAGAUAUACCCACAGUACCGAGUUAUACUGCGACGCCUAGCGUGAAGAGAAAACGGAAAACGAUAUCGCCCGUUAAGAAUCCCAAAUUGUCUUGUUCUAGGUCAAUAGAUUCCUUCUUCAGAUGAUAAUCAACUGAUUUUAUUACAUCAUAAUAAAGUUGUGUAUAUUUUUAUUA